AGUCGUUAAACGUUCUUGAUAACGUGUACAUGAAUUUGAAUUUAUAUGUUAUAUUAUAUUGAUAGCAAAAGAUCAGAAUAUAGAUUCAAUUAAAUAUACAUAUGUCAAUUUAUUGUGUGAUUUAGAGUAAUAAAAUUUUCUUUUUUCUCUUCUAAGAGUGUAGUCGUUGUAUUGAAUAAGGAAUUUUUAAAGUGUUUGACCAGACGAACAAGAUGCUAUCCAAAAAAGUUACUGUGCCAGUGCCAAGGAUAACUGAUCGUAAAGUCAGAAAACUUCUUCUGUGUGGUCCGGGCCCGUGUAACCUGUGGCCAUCAGUUACUGAAGCCCUCACUCAACCUAUUCUAUCACCGUUGUGCGAUGAAUAUUUCAGAAUUAUGGAAGAUAUUCGUAACGGCCUAAAAUAUUUAUUCCAAACACAAACCGAUUUGGUAUUAGCAAUCAGUGGUUCUGGCCACGCUGGGAUGGAAACCGUCAUAUCUAAUCUUAUUGGACCGAAGGAAACGAUGCUGAUUGCUAGGAGAGGUAUUUGGGAUGAGAGAGCCUUAAACAUGGCUACGAGAUAUGGCAUUAAUGCGGUAGAAGUUCGUAUUCCUUUCACCACCACAUUCAAUUUAGAGCAGAUUGAAGACGAGCUGCAGAAGUGGAAACCGACAGCCCUUUUUAUUACUCAUGGGGAUUCUUCAACGGGUACAGUUCAAAAUCUACAGGGAUUGGGAAAUUUGUGUCACAGAUAUGGAGCUCUGCUUAUAGUGGAUACAGUGGUGUCUAUAGGUGGGGUGCCGUUUUUCAUGGACGAUUGGGGCGUGGAUGCAGUUUAUGCAUCAUCACAAAAAGCUCUGAGCGGGCCAGCUGGAAUAUCACCGGUUGCUUUCAGCAAAAGAGCUGAGAUGAAAAUAAAUAGCAGAAAACACCAACCACCAUUUUACUUCGACAUCAAGAUGUUGGCACAGCAAUGGAACUGUUAUGGAAAUACUCGAGUGUAUCACCACACCAUGUCUCCACCGUUAAUGUGGGCGCUACGGAGAAGCCUGCAGGAAAUCUGCACACGUACGCUUCCAGUGUUUUGGGAACAACAUGCAACAAUUACUGCACAUUUUUGUAAGCGGUUGGAACAAAAUGGCUUUGAACUGCUCAUUCCUAAAGCUGAAGACCGCUUGGCAACAGUUACAACGGUGAUAUUACCAAAAGGCUACGAUUACAAAGAAUAUAUUACAUAUAUACGGGAUAAUCACAACAUCCUAUUAUUUGGGGGCUUGGGUCCAACAGCGGGCAAGUCUCUGAGAAUUGGCAUUAUGGGAGUCAAUUGUACUAGAGAAACCGCUGAUGCUAUUGUAAAUGCUAUGAUAGAUGCCUUGAAGAAUCUCAAGAAGUGUUCUUUAUGAGCACUGGAUAAUGUAUCUGUUAAAUGGGAUUUAAUUAUUAUAUUGGAAUUGUGUUCCAGAUACAACAACGACCUACUGAUUAUAAUAUGUUUUAAUACCGAAAAAUAAAAAAAAGAAGAAUAGGGAAUAAAGUUAUAUUUUACCUGCUGUUGUCAUAUUGUCCUAUUUGUACGUAAGACUUUUAUUAACCUAAUUUUAGACUAUAGCUAAAGGUUGUUUGAUUUAUGUAUAAGAAAGUUGUUUUUUAGAUUUUUAUGUAUUUGAUUUUAUAUUUGAUGGUAAUUAUCAGUUAUAGAUAAUAGGUAAUUCCGUGCUGAAAACUAUUUUUACUUCAGAAAUGAAUAAAGAGGUGUUUUGUUUUUA